AUGCUGCAAGAGAAGUAUAGAGAAUUCAACAAAGAGCUACAUAUGGUUUUCGUGGACCUUGAAAAGGCGUAUGAUACAAUCCUGAGGGAGCUACUAUGGUACUGUCUAAGGCGUCAAGUCCCAGGGGCCUAUAUUGAAACCAUCAAAGAUAUGUAUAAGCGCUCUACCACUAGUGUCGCAACGAACGUUGGUGAGACUGAGAAAAUUCAAGUAGAGGUCGGGUUACAUCAAGGCUCGGCACUAAGCCCCCUACUCUUUAUUAUCAUUAUGGAUGUAAUCUCGGAUGACACGACAGAGGACACACCUUGGAGUAUGAUGUUUGCAGAUGAUUUGGUCUUGUGUGAUGAGAAGAGAGAACAUCUGGAAAGAAGACUAGAAGAGUGGAGAAGAAUAUUAGAAGAUGUUGGCUUGAAAGUUAGUAGAGCCAAGACGGAGUACCUUCCACCGAGUGGCUGCAUAGGAAACAUGAAGCUAAGAGAAUAUGCUGGACCCGGAAAUACAGAUCUACCAAACUGCGAGACAUUUAAGUACCUCGGGACCACCAUCCAUCAGGAUGGCGGUUGCAAGACCGAGGUUGAACUACGGAUUAGCCGGGCAUUGAAUAAAUGA